UUAUGCUACAUUUACCUGGAACAAACUCCCAAAACAAGAGCAAAAUCAAAAUCUCUGGGUGGCGACUAAACGUCGCGGUGGCUCCUCCUCCUGUCGAGCAGCGGACCAAUGAGCAGAGCGGGGCGGCUCUCCGUGUGCUGGAGAAGAAAGACCACUGUAGGCUCAACCGUUAGUCGCCAUUUUGAGGAGUGCGACCUGCAAACACCGGUAGGACGCGGUUGUUAAGCAGCAAGUCUAAAACGUAUUUUUAAGUUUUUGCUGAUAUAAGGAUCAAUGUCUCGAUUUAACAAUAAUCGUGGCGGCCUUGGGAUGAAUAAUUUCCAGCAACGUAGAGGCGGUGGGCCCGGCGGCCCGAUGCGGGGUGGGCUAAUGGGAAACCCGAAUUUCCGGAGCCAUCCUUUUCAAAAUCAAAACCAAAACCGGAGAGGAGCAAACAAUAACUUUAACAGACCGGGAAAUCAGGGUCCACAGCUGGCUCCCCAAAAACCACAACAGAACCAGUCGCUGCCAAUAAUCCCUCCGCCGAGCCCCGGCCCGGCUCUCACAAUGAAAGGCCCGAUGCAGCAGCAGCAGAAGCCGGCAGAACAACAGCCGGAGUCGCAGCAGCAACGGACACCGACAACCCCUAACGUUACACCCCAGCCGAAGAUUCAGUCACCUGCGCCCAAACCCAUCAUGACCUCCCCUCCACCUAACCAGGCAAACAAGAACCAGAACCCGCAGCUCAAGUCACCGGUGGGGAAUGCUAACGGACAGCAGCAGAAGCAGCCUCCACACCCGAAGCCGUCGCCACAGCAAGGCCCUAAGCCGUCGCCACAGCAGGGCCCGAAACCAGGACCACAGCAAGGCCAGAGGACAGGCCCUGCUCAAGGCCAGAGAACAGGGCCACCGAUGAUUCCCCCCAGACAAGAGCGGGAGGUACCGGAUAAUAUGGACAUCGCUGAAGCGGAGUCAGGAGGGAGCCAGCCGAAGCCUUUUAUUGCAACACUGUCCAUGUUGUUGAAACCUGGUGAAAAGUCGUACACACAGCGGUGUCGUCUGUUCAUUGGGAACCUGCCCAACGACAUCACAGAGGAAGAUUUCAAGAAGCUGUUUGCAAAAUAUGGGGAGCCCAGCGAGGUCUUCAUCAACAAAAACAAAGGCUUUGGCUUCAUCCGAUUGGAGUCCCGUGCACUUGCAGAGAUAGCAAAAGCAGAGUUGGAUGACACACCUAUGAAAGGCAGACCCCUGCGUGUCCGAUUUGCUACACACUCUGCAGCUUUGUCUGUGAAGAAUCUGUCACCAUUUGUUUCCAAUGAGCUCCUGGAAGAAGCUUUCUCACAGUUUGGAAUGGUCGAGAGGGCCAUUGUCAUUGUGGAUGACCGUGGGCGAUCCACUGGCAAAGGCAUUGUCGAAUUUGCCUCCAAACCUGCUGCCAGAAAGGCCCUGGAUCGGUGCAACGAGGGGGUAUUCCUGCUCACCACGCAACCCCGGCCUGUUGUGGUUGAGCCUCUGGAGCAGUUUGAUGAUGAAGAUGGUCUUCCAGAGAAAUUGGCCCAGAAAAACCCCAGAUAUCAAGCAGAGCGUGAGGAACCUCCUCGUUUUGCUCGUCCAGGAACUUUCGAAUUCGAAUACUCCAAGCGAUGGAAGUCCCUGGAUGAAAUGGAGAAGCAGCAGAGGCAACAGGUAGAGAAGAACAUGCGUGAGGCUCGUGAGAAGCUGGAGAGUGAGAUGGAGGACGCUUACCAUGAGCACCAGGCCAACCUGCUCCGACAAGAUCUGCUGAGGCGACAGGAGGAACUGCGACGCAUGGAGGAGUUGCACAGUCAGGAGAUGCAGAAGAGGAAAGAGAUGCAGCUCAGACAAGAAGAAGAGCGACGCAGGCGGGAGGAAGAGAUGGUUCGCAAGAGGGAGAUGGAAGAACAGAUGCGCCGCCAGCGUGAGGAAAACUACAGGAUGGGCAACUUCAUGGAUAGGGACAGGGAUAUAAGGAUGACUCCUGGUGGAGCUUUGGGCAUGGGUGAUAUGCCCUUUGGUGGAUCCAACCAGAAGUUCCCCAUGGGUGGACUGGGCUUUGAGGGAAAGCAGGGAAUGGGACCAUCAUCAGGAGGCUUGAUGGGCAACGAAAUGCGCAAUGAGCGCUUCGCCCAGGGUGGUCCUAGGGGAAUGGGUCCUGGUAACCCGGGGUUCGGCAGGGUCCGUGAGGAGUUUGAUGGUCCGUCUAAGAAACCCCGUUUUUAAACGCUGCUCUUUGACACUCCCAGCAGCACCAUUUGUAUAGAUUAUCCAAAACAAACGUGCAUUCAUUUCUUGUAUUUAAGUUUAAAUUGUUGCUACAUUUUAGCUUGACAAUUGACAAUUUUAUGACUAAGUCAAUAUUUUCAUUUUUUACUUUGUGUUGUCAGUAGUAUGGAAAGAGGUCAAUCACAUGUGGUCCGUUAGUUCUUUCUGACCCAUGUAUAAUUUUCUUUUCUAGAUGUAUUAUGCUCUGUGAGUCCCCGUGAAGUGAUAAUUGUAACAUUUUUCUCAACUUUCUAUGGCUGUGUUUUGUGCCAUACAUUUGGAGUCAAAGCAUGUAUUAUAAUAAAGAGACAUUGGUUCUAUCAGGACAAACCUUUAACAUUUAUUCUUAAAAGUUGAAAAGAACAAUUCGUUAGCAAAAAGCAACCAAAUCCUAACAGUUGGUUGUUUGCACAAAUGAAAUGUGGAUAAAACUGCCACAUUAGGUCUUAAUGGCUCUAUGUGUUAUAUCUGCCACAGUCCUGACCUCUUUUAUUCAGUGAUGCGUAUAACACAAUCUAAAUUUGUGUGGCCUGUCUGAAGCAUAUGCUCGCUGCAAAUGUCCCACCUUGUUUUCUUUAUUUUCUUCCCAGCAAAUUCAGAUAACAAGCUGACAUCCAGUAUACGUACUAUUGUCGGUUUAUUAACAAAUAAGUAAGCUGGGACACGGCUAGUGCAAAUGGCACAGACAAAGACUAGUUGGCACUUAAUAUUGUAAUGUAAAGGAAACUUAGUUUAUUGUGUAUUUUUAAAACAAUUUCACUCCACAAGCACUCAGUGGAAAUGGAGUGCUCAACUCUUUGAAACAUAAAACUUUGGCAUCCAGUAAUUUUACAGUCUUGCUUCAGGAGAGCAGAAAUAUUACACAUAGAACCUUUAAGAAAGUGUGUGUGUGUGUGUGUGUGUGCGCGCGCUCAUCACCUACUCGCCUGUCACUCAUACUGUGCACAUUAGUGUGUGUCUUGUGUGCAUGUUUGGAACCAGGGGUUAAUGGCUGUGUUUACAUGCAGGCUAAUAAUAUAAUAGGAUCACCUUGGUCACGCUUAUUAAACUUGUAGAAAAAUCAUCAAUUGUCAUAGAAAAGGUGACCAAAAAAAACUGCACUUCUAGUUAGUGUUGCCUUCGUCGUAGCAUCUGGAUUAUGUUUGAAAUUGUUAUGAAAUUUAUUUAUUACGAAAGCAACCUUUUGACUGUUUUGUAUUUCUCUUAAUGAUGACUUUUUGGACAUCAUUAAGCUUUUAGCCUCAGUUAUGCUUCUAGCAUUGAGAUCAGGAUACAAGGGCCCUUUCACACCUGCCUCAUUUGAUCUAAACCAGAUUUGCAGGUGUGAACCUUUUUGACAAAACGAUGUGGUCUCAGUUCGGGUCCAACCAACCACUGUUCCGUUCUAGUGCAAACAUUCUUUUUGUAUGGGUUCUGUUAAGUUCUGGCAGUCUAUUGCCACAACCAUAAAGUGCAUUGCAGCAAAACUACGCCUGGUAGCACAUGGCGAGAAGAGACAAAGUUAUUAAUUAUGGUUAUUAUAGCUGCAGAGAAAUUAAUGUUAAUUUUUCUCCAUUCAAGCUGCGAUAGAAGGCUACAUGCUGGAUUGACAACAUGUCUGUCAGACGUAUGCCCAUCUACAAACCAAUCAAAAGUAUAGGGAGAUGCAGCUCACUUAUGUGAUGACGACAGGAUGUAGCUAUGUCAUCUAUAUUUUAAUUCAUUUGCAUAAUAGCAAUGGGAAACCAAAACUAACUGGAUCAACUGUACAGUGUAACAAAAAGGCAGACCUUUUAAGGUGUGAAAAUGCCCUAAAAAGCCCCAAUGCAAAAUUACUAGAUGUUGGCAUUGUUUUAGCAGUGUUAAGCAAAUACAAGGCCUAUAACCACAGUCCCCUAAGUGAUAAAAGUGAAAACAGUUUAAACAUGGUAACAGCUUCUUAGUUAGUUGGCACCAAGUUACUAAGUUUGACUGAUCCUUUACAAACCUUUUUUGGGUACAAUAGAGGUCAACAGAGUCUUGAUUGAAGUAUUGACAUGACAUUUUAGGUGUUGACUGUAAUUGUUACACUAUUUGUUGGCAUGAGUAAAUCUGCCUUUAGUGGCAAGAGGCUCAGCUGACAACAUGCAUAGUGGUCAGUUUUGAAAGCAGGAUAACCACCAGAAACUAAAGCUCAAAUAUAGUUAAGUUCCAUCUAUGGAUGAAAAUAUAAUGCCUAGUCUAUUCAUGUCUAUUAAUGAUUUUCACAGAGCUAUGUGAAACUAGUAUAACACAAGUCAGAAAACAUAGCCAGUGUUGCUAUUAGAUAUACAUCCUAAACUUGCACUACUUGUAAUUGUGUGCUGUGACGAUGCAUUCAUUUUUCUGGACCUGUAAGAAGACAAGAAAUCCAGAGAUUCAGUUCUGGCUUUCAGAAUAUCAAGUAAGGUAAACUUCAUCGGUGGCUCUUAUUGGAUUGGAAAAUGGACACACUCUGUUACACCUUUUCGACUUUGUUACUCACAAGACAUGCUGACAUUUCACUGUCGACAGCUUGUAUAUUCCCUUUUAAAUUUUGUCACUACACAGAGGGAAGACGGUUUUAAUUGGCUUCAUAAUCUAAUACCAUUUAACACUGAAUUUCAAUGUGAAUUGGGUUGCACAGAUCCAUUUUCAUGUGGCUGAAAGAAGUUUCCCCGCAUGCUCUGCAGUUUAACUGUGGGUAAUGGACUAACCCUUACUGUUUUACCUCGGUACAGCUAGAAACUGCAGUAUUUAUAUACUUUACCAAAGUUCUGGUUUCGGUCUGUUUUGAGGCUUGACAUCUCACACUGCCUCUUAUUAUUGAGAUUCAACAGUGCCCAAUAACCAGUCCCUUUCUGUAUUUGAGGGGCUGUAGUUGCAUUAAUGUGUGUUGUGACAAUAUUACAAGACGCAGGAGCCCACAAACCGUCUCAAAAGAAAACAGAACACUUAACAACCUUAUUUAUACAGAUGUAGUUAGCUGCCUUCUACCCAGGAUGCAAAGCCUUAAAAUUGGGUACAAUGAAUGCAUAAUGCUUGGUAUUAAUUACCAUGCGAUAAUUUACCAAAUCUCUUGAAUUGUGAUGGCAUGCUACCCCUUGUUAUCAUCUAAACCCAUAAACCCACAGAUUGUACCUAAACUCUGCAAGUUUAUCAAUUGCUAGUCAAGUUGUAUCAUAAUUACCUUAUGAAAGACCCCCGUUAUUAAGUUGUCCUUGCAAAUGAAAUUAAAUAUUUUUGUUCUGCUGUCCACUUUGGCUGCUCCCCAUGAAUCCUGUCAGUACCUCUUUUGAGCUAUUGUAAAAUCACUUGGCAUCAAAUAGACACUGGCUUGCCUCAGCAAGCAUUUGAGUUUUGUGGUAGGAGAUGUGCUGUGUAAGUAUGCUUGCAUUAAUUACAACUUCAAUCUUGACAAGUAUAAUUGUUACCGUGACUGCAUUUUUGUUAUGAAAAUGGAGAAUAUUCUGAGAUGAAGCAUGUGUUUGAAAUCUCAUACUAACGUACCGUACUACUUGCUCAGUCACAAUGUACUGCAUACUGCCUAAUAAAUGAACGAUUAAGUAUGCCAUUAUCUCGUAAGGUUACCUAAAGCAGCGCUUAACUAUUCGGAAUCAAUACGACACAGUAUAUGUAAAUGUUGCGGAAGUUGUCGGCUGCGUUGGCUCCAGUGGUCUCUGGGGCAAGAGGAGACUAAGUUUGACUGACCGGCUGGCUUACUACCUACCUCCACAGGUGCUUCUGGAGUUCUCAACUCUAAAAACAUUGGAGCCUAUUUUCAAUUUACUAUCAGUUUUUGUAAAGCUGCCAAUUUUCAAAAUCCUAUUACCCAAUUUAGUGAUGAAAUAGUAUAGACAAGACAAGCAAGCAAGACAAUUGUAAACAAACUAGUGUGAUCCAAGAACCGUCUGCUAUCACUUCACUAUUGGACAGUCUGAAGAGACGCAAUACAUUUUGGGGCAAUUAUGAGCAGAAAGCUCAUUCUUCCUGCUGCCGAUCUAGUACCUUGCGUACCCAAAAUCCACAUAGCAUGCAGUUUAAACACACAACAUCCAAAGCUUGACGUCAUACUUGGUUGGAUUAACACAUUAGUAUGUGAUUUCAAACACAGAGUUUUUGUUUAUUUUUCCCUGGCACUAGCUUGACUGACAUUCUGCAGACUGUUGAAAGUGUAUUCACAUUACGUGUAGUUGAGUGUCAUUACAACAGUGCAGCUUCUGAUACAUUUUUAUAAUGCUUUAAUUUUUAAGAUAAGUGGCUUCCAGCCUUACCUUUUUAGAGUCACUUGCGUAGUGCUCUUUUGUUGUAACAGUGUUUGUCCGCUGGCUGACUUUGGACAACAUUUGGACCUGUAACUGGAUGACUUCAAUGCGUCCUAUGGGCCUUCUAAUUUGUCAGAUAGCCAAAGACAAAUCACUGGAGUAUGAAAGAGACCAAGAAAUUUAUAAAUUACUUGUAUCAUUCAUUUUGUGCACUGCACUGUAGGGUAAUGCACACUGCACUAGACUUAAAAAUAAAAGAAUUGUUGCUUGGUUAUAAAGUAUCAAGAAAAUCAUCUUUGUGUGGCAUCUGAGAGGACUACAGAUACUUGGAGGAUUUUGGUAACAGAACUGGAUGUCAUGGAGUGUUCACCUGCAAUGUUACGUGUGUUUGUGUUAUGUACAUUUUUUCUUUAACAGGUUUGACCAGCUUUAAAGGUUUUGGACUGUGGAGGAGUAUGUGGCUGUAUAGCGUGGACUCAGGAAUGCUUUAGCAAAUAAACCAAAACUCUGGACUUGUGCAAAUAGCCUCCAUAAGAUUCACACCUGAAAAACAGAGGAUUAAAACAAGGAUGCCAGCAUUAGCAAACACAUUUGGCUUGACACUGUAUAGUAUGGAUACAGUUAAGCAAUGAUGCUGAUCUAGCCUUGUGGCUUUCCUCUUGCAUUAAAAACCCUGUAGAUAAAACAACUAUAUACAUAAAACCCCAAGAUGUUUGACUGACUUGUAAAGUUGCAACUUAAAGGAUCUUGAAAACAUUUUCAAAAUGUAUGGUGUACUCUUAACGUUUAAAAUGCAGAUCCCGAAAUGUCAACAGAAAUUCUCUCUAGAAAGUACUUUUUUAAAAAGGGAUUGGCAUUAUAGAGUUACAAUAAUGUUUAAGUAUAUUGUCAUUAAUUUGAAAAUUUAUCUAAAAUCUUGAACAUGAUGUAGUUGCAUAACUCCUUGCACUUCUGUUGUGGGAAUGGAAGUAUAUGGGAAGGGUAGGUCUAGUCCACAAGACCAGAUUGGGGUUGGUUGGUUAAAUCCUAUGUGUAUAGGUCUCGUUAGAAAAUCUAACUUCGGUCUCCAAUUUACAACCAUUGUGUGUGUGGACCAAUGUUAGUGUGUGUUAAUCUUUCAGAUCACAUCCUUAAACUAAAUAUGAAUGCAACAUUAAACCAGCUUUAUUUACCUCACCCAAUUUCAGCCUUUGGGAUUAUUCCAGAUGUUAUACUUUUUAGAUGGCUUCUACACUGAGUUGUUUUUCUAGAUGAAAUCAUAAUUACAAUAAUUUCAAGAGUAAAAAAAUACCUUUUUUGAUGCUUUAUUCCUUCAGUUCUUUUCUCACUUUAUCAAGAUUAACACAGAAUUUAAUGCAACAACAAACCCCCUUUUGGAUUCACUUAUGUAAAUGAGACUGUCCAUUGACAGAUGUUUAAAUGAAUUUCCUUACUAAAUGUAACCUAAUAGGAAUUUCACACACAGAGAAAAGGUCAAAGUCAAAUAACCUGUUCUUUGGAAUUGGUACAAGUUGGACAAUUGGAUAUUAAAACAUGGGGAUAAAUGAAAGAUGAAAACGCGGCUUACAAAAGUUGCUAAUGUUCUUAGGAAGUAAGUAUUAAAUAAAAUUAGAUGUUUUUAUUAAAACAUGGCUAAUUUAGAGUUUUGCUAGACAUUAUCCUAUACACACUAUCUGAAGAUCCUUCAAAACAGAAUUACAAGUUCUGAUUGACUUGACCGAAGUGUACAUUUUAAAGCUUGUAAUGUAAUGUCUGUGUGUUGGUGUUGUGUACAAUUUGUUUUUCUUUAACAGGUUUGACCAUCUUUAAAGGUGUUGGACUAUGAGAAGGAACUUUCCCUACCAAGAAAUUCAAAGUCUGUAGCUUCGGUUGGAGUGGUUUUGUUAAUGAAAAGUUAUCGUUCUCGAGGGCCAAAUAGCACCUAAUUUUAAGGAAUGUACAUUUAUUGCUGAUCAUGAUAGGUGGUAGCUCUAUAACUUGGACUAUAGCUUGUAACGCUGUAGGAUAGUUUUCAAUAUUUGACCAUUCUUCUUCCAAGUACGCAAGGUUGAACUACCAAGAAACACCAGACUGCCCCUACCGCAGAACACUUGCGUCAAAGCUUUGACACUUAGCGAGUUUAGAGAAAAUCACCAAAGAAAGUGUGAAUUAAUGUUUUCUUCCACUACCGUUAUGCACAUAAUGGUUGCUGGUUUGUCGACAAAUGAUGAUUGAAAUAUAUGGCAUUUAUGUUUUCAUGCAUUAUUUAUUUUAUGUUAUAUAAUAUGUAUUUAUAUUUAAUGUUACAUAGUGAUUUCUUUGCUAUGUUUCCAUUGGAUUGACCCAUUUAGCUUUUAUUGAUAGACUUCGCUUCAGCCAAGCAUAAAAACUUUGCAAUAUUUUGAGAUUUCUUUGAAGAUUUCUCAUAUUUAAGGUGCAUUUCUCCAGUUGCACUUUGAAAAACUUAAGAGGAAAUGCAAAAAUUUUAAAUUGAUGGAUGGUGGAGUGGAUAAGACACAUGUGAGAUACGCGGGUUUGAUUCCCACUGCGACACAUCCAUUAAUGUGUCCCUGAGCAAGACACUUAACCCCUGGUUGCUCCAGAGGUGUGUGAACUCUGACAUAUAUAGAGUCUUGUAAGGCGGUUUGGAUAAAAGUGUCAGCUAAAUAAGUUAAAGUAAUGGAAACCCACCUACAGACCUAUUUGAGGAGCAGUUUACAGUCAAGAUUUCUUAUAGUCAGUCCCCUACAGCCAACACAUUUAGCAUUAGAGCAAACUAUUGAAUCAACAUUCUUAAAGAUAAGUUCUUUGUAAGGAAUUGUGUAACGGUGGCGCCAAAGCACACUUAAAAGACUAUUAAGCAACUAAAAGAGUAAAAACAGGGAUGUCCCUUAUUGCAACAUAUUUGGACUUUGAGUAAAAGUAGUAAAAAAAAUCUUUGACAUUUUCAGAAGAGGGAUAUCCCUCAUCCCUUUGACACAAUAUUUUUAAUAGAGGAGUCAAGAGACUCUAAAGUAACUAUAUUACAGGGUAGGCUUGGACUGUAUUAUGUAUACCCGGGUAUUCAGAAAUCCCAACCGCAUGAAUGAAAGUAUAAUCAAAAAUACAGACUUUACUUUUUCUGUUAAGCUGAUACGGAGAUACUCUAUUGGACCGAUGUAUUGUAGUGUAAACCCUCAGCGUAGGUGCUUGAAACUGCUUGACAUCUACAAUGCUCAACACCCUUAAAUUUUCCAGCAGCUGGUAAACAACACGGGUAUUUUAUCUGCAGCCUUUUAUUUGCUGACAAAUAAACCUACACUGUACAUUUACUGCUAAACUUCACUGGUCACCUGCCGCUCCCCCUCUCUCGCUCAACCACACACUCUCUACGCACACAAAAAGGAGCAACUCUUCUGCGACUACACCUGGUUGGAUAACGCUAAUAAAACCUCUGCCACUGUUUUGGGAGUAGUUUGAGUUUUGUCAAAUCUAUGGGAGAAGGUGCUUACUCCAUCUGUUUUUUUAUGUAUCAACAAGCCCUAAGUAUUUAAAACCAGCAAGACUUGUCUAAGUAGGCUACAUGUUACAAUGAUUUCUAUCACCCAUAUACAUGCCAACCCUCCUGAUUUUCACAGGAGACUCUUGUUUUUUUUUUUUUUUUAUCGCCCUCUCCAGGUGUUGUAAUUCUCCCGAUUUUCCUUUUAAAUUUUAGACUCUAUACAACUCUCCACCCGGACAACUAGCAGGAACCUGAUGCAGAAGAGAACCCCCCCCCCCCCCCACACACACACACACAACACAUUUUGACUUUGCAUUAUUGGAGUAAAAAUAGAAACCAAAACUUUGACACUGAUUUCAAAAGAGAAGUUCUUCGUCAAGAUUUUAUUUAAUCAAAAAAAUUGCUCUCCUCCCAUAUUCAUUUUUCCUUUUUUGUGAAAAUUCCUGACUGUAAAGGAAACUGCACUAGUAGACGUGACCAACCUCCUAUUCACCAACCUACCUGAGGCAGGAAGUCCCGUGCACCUUACGGUUGAAGAGAGGAUGGCGUGUUGUGCCUGUGUGGUUGUGUGUAUGUUUCAUGUCUUUGGGUAAAUGAGAAGUGCGUUAGCUGCUGUCAGCCAGCUUGUCAAAGACAGGCUGCCCCAGUCCACAGUAGAGGCUCUUCUCUGCAGUUGGGUUACAUUGACGAUGAGUAGUUCUGCAGAAGUCAGUGGACAGUAAAGCCUGGACUUGUUUGCACUGCAGCCAGAGGUAUGCUUACACAGAUCAGCUGAACAAGUAAAGGUAAGUGUCCCAUCCAUGUUUAUAAUACAAGAUGCAGAGUUGUCCCAUAACUUGACUCUUCUCUCUGUCCUCUCUCAUACCAUGUCGCUGCUCACAGUGACGUUUACAGGGCUUCUGGCAUCACACUUACAAAGAAUGGCAUCACAGUGCAGAUCUGUUGUUCAAACUUUUUUGUGUGUGGAUGUGGUAAAGCAUUAUUGCCCGUGCAGUGUGUGUGUAUGUGGUACUUUGGCUUCUCUGUAUGUAUGCAUGAAAGGAAAUAUGUAUGGACGGCUGAGUCACUGGUUCAACACUAGAGUUUCUAACCACAGAUGUGUGGAACACAGUGCUGAAACUCAACACACCUGACAUUUUGGGAACACUGGAAGUCAAGAGAGGAGUAUCCUGAUAUGUAUUUUUUUGGCACUGCUUGAAGUAUUUAGCAAAAUGAAGUAUGAACCUAAAGCAUUAGAAAGUCUUGUACAACUGUACAAGAUAUUUCAGUUGUAUACUUGUCAUUCAGCUUGUGCUUACUUUGGUGAUUCUUGCUCUUUCUACACACUUUUUGGCAUAUUUAAAAAGUAAUUAGCAAUGGUAAUAGGCAGGUUGUGUGCAACAAUGUACAAAGUUUAACACAAAGCCCAACUCAUGGGGUUUACUACUGUAAUGCUUUAAGAAGGCUUUUUGGUUAGUUUUAGGGGGAGGGGGGGGUUGUGCUGUGCCUCUUUUACAUUUUACAGUCAAAUAGUGUAGUGUCUGAUCAAAAAACUAAAAAAAAUUAUUUCUGGUUUUUUACCUUUUCAAUAUAUUUGUCGCCAUUUCAGAAGAGCGCCAGCCAAUCUUUGUUUCACAUGAAUUAGUAGUCCUAGUGUGGAUCACAAAUCAUUAGUGAUUCAAACUAUUUAAAUGUUAUAGCACUUUUGUUUAUCAAUGAAUUUUGUAGACAUUGCAUUGACCUUGGUAACAGACAGAGCUGCUCCAUCUGUCAUCACUACUCCUGACUCCCUCUGUCUCCGGUUUUGUCUCUAAAGCUUUAAACAUUAAUCUUUGUGGGACGGGGUUGGGAUGUCUUUGCAGUUGCGAAGUGAAACAUGUCUCAUGCUGUUUGGGUUGCUCUGGGUGGGAUUGUAGAAAAUGAAAAUCCCCUUGUCAGACAUCCUGUUUGUUAAUCAAGUGCAGAUUGCCUGUACUUUGAUCCUUAAAACACAACCAUUGUAACGUUGUUUGUGUAGAUGGAGUUUGGUGUGGAUUAUUUUCUUUCUCUUGAAAAUGCAAAUGUUAAAAUUCAAACUAAUUAUCUUAGAUCAUUUUGAGCAAUUUCUCGUCGCUUUCAAAUAAAUUCUGUAUUGAGUAAAGGACUAUAAACUUGGGGUUUAGUUUGGGCCCUAUGAAAUCUGAAUUUUUCCCAGAUUAUUUUUUCACAAAUUUCCUAUUAUAUGAUUUAAGCACAUUUUGUCAUCAGUGUGUAAUCAUGUGUUGGAUGAAUAAAAUGUCAAUAAUUCUAUAGGAAAAUGCUAUAUAGGAUCAAUGAAUUUGACGUAUGAUGCAAGUACGCCUAUAGAAAUGUGUGUGCAAUGUUAUUCAUUUAUUUCACCCGUACAUACCUGUAAAUUUUCUGUUCUUUUGGCUUACGAGUUGUGAGAAACGCUAUAAUAAUGAUAGGGGAAAAGCAUGAUUGGCAAAUUCAACGAUUGUCCUGUAUUACAGAUUACUAAAUUAUUAAAUUCCGCCCAUAUUUUCUGUAUUGCGGAGUAUAUCACAUUAAGUGUCUCCACUCUGACCACACCCAUUGCUAAUUACAACAGACAACUGCAAUGGUUGCAUGCCGGUGUUCUGAAAAGAACCUACAGUUAGUUAUUGUUUGUCCGCAGACUUUUUUCCAACAAUGUCAGCAGCUGUGACACAGAUUAUGAAUUAAGGUACUUUCAAACGCCAGAUUAUCGUAAUUAAAAAGUCUCACUUUCUUGGAGUCAUAAAAUUGAACAGACAUUUUUAGAUUGUGUGAUUUGCACUAACCCAAGAAUAUCACGUCUUCAAUGUCCAUCACGAUUAAACAUCUAAAAAUCAAAGAAAUAGACACUCCUUAAGACUUCAGAACAAGACUGAGUCACCACGUUAAGUUUUCAUCAGUAUCCAAGUAAUCCCGUGAUAAUUGACUGUACAUCCAUGGGUAUAUUAGGACCUGCUAAAAGCAAAUUCAGCAUACUUUCAUGGCAACAUUGUGCUUCCUGUUUACAUCCCCCAAAGCAUCAAGGUAACUGUAGUUCUAAAAAAUCAUUCUGGUAAAGGGGGGGGGGGGACCACUUAUUUCUUUAAACCAGUCACUAAGCCCAGGAUGCAGCGACCUUGCAAUAUGGUGUGAGAAGAUAGCGGUCUUAUACCUACGGCUGACUUCCUCUGAGCCAGGCUGUUUUUCCCCUCAACAGGGGGCCACAAUAACAAUGCUGUGAUUUAUACUUUUGAACAGUGACUGCUACUUCACAAUAAAUACUGCCUGAAAGAUAUAAAAAAAAAAAAACCCCAAAGGGGCCUGUUUGUGAUGUGACCGAUAAUCGCUUAAUGAAUAAUCAGUGAAAAUAAAUUAAACUUAAAACUUUGAAGAUUGAUCUUAAAUGAUGGUUGGGUUUGUGUGUAAAACAGCAAAUAAUAUAUUAACUUUUAGUUGUUGGGUAUUUGUUAUCAAUGAGUUGUUUUUGAGAAGGAAAAGUGAAUCGUUCUUCUGAGUGAAAUUUUGCGGUAGUGCCGGACUGCUGCUUUCCUCUCCUCUCUCCUGUUGGUACUUCUUAAUACUCAUGGUUUGUCCUUCUUCCUGUUAACUUGUCAUGUCAGUGACCAGCCAGCCAUUUUGAUACAGUACAUCACAACUGGCAUUUUCCUUUUGUUGCUUGUACGCAGGAGUUGUCUUGUAGCUGUAAAAGGGCCGUGGUCCUACCUGGAGUCUAUGGUUCUCACAAGCUCUGAUCAGCCAAUGCCAUGAAUCAAGCCCUGGAGGCUGUCAAAGUAUUUCUCUGCACUGUGAUCCAUUUUCUAACUAAGUACUCAAUCCUGAUUGGCCAAAAUCUUUAGUCUGUCCUGUUUUUAGAGUGUGAUGCCAGAAUAACCCUUUUGGUCUCUAAUGGCCUCUUAUAAAAGGGCACUGCCCAAAAUCUGCAAGACUGACACUGAAAAUGAGCAAGUCUACUUCUGUACAAGGUUAUGGUGCAGCUCCCAGCUCUGUUUGGGGUUCUGCAAUAACACCCCUGAUGUAUCAGUACGAAGUCCAGCUUUGUAACAGUAUUACCUUCCCCCGAGGUUUGCAACAUAUUUGAACGUCGUUGUCAUGAGUUUGUCUCGUCCCCCUCUGCAGUUUGCAAACAAAUGAAUGUACAUUAGGGUGCUGAGAUGCCUCUAACUGUAUAUUAGAUUCAUCACACUUCAUACUUUUCCUCACAUUGACAUACACACUGAGUUAUUUACAUGUAAUGCAUGUUCACAUUCUAAGAUAACCUGAAUUUACAUUGACAACACAUGUUUGGUUUUCUGUUCUCCACAGCCACUGCCCAAACACACACACACUACACAUACAUAGAGAACCACAGGAUGUGUUUUUUGUCGUUAGGAGUGGCAACCUUACAACAGUAGGGGUAUAUAAAACAAUCAAAGUAAUGGUAGGAACCUGCUGACCAGUUCACUGCCAGGCUCUCAUUGUUUGUCUCUCAUCACAGGAGCCUCGACCAGUGGAAGGAGGCUGAGAAUCUACACCGUUAAACCAUGGUAUGAAGACUGAUGAUAAAAUGCCAGAGCUGCAGGAGAACGAGCAACCGCACUGUGGUGACCCCAGGAUGACUUCCAUUUCUCCCACACCUCCCCCGGCUCCUCCCUUGCAGAGCUGCAGGUGUUGAUGCAGUACCAGGAGGUAUCCAGCAGAGGACAAGCAGCCUGCAGUCCAGAGAAGGAGAUGCACUGUUUAGGAUUUUUGCCUUAAACUUUUAAUAAUAAAUAAUAUAAACCUG